UUCAUUAUAUUAUAGAAAAGGUAAACAGAAAGGUAAUAAACCUUGCACUAAAGAUUCAAAAUUCUGAUUUCACUACACGUCUUACAUGGCUACAAACACGUUUUUAAAUCAAAAAUGUUCUCCUGUAUCUCUCUGCUUGUCUUAAAGCUGAAGCUACACUAUGAAUCAUUCAGUUAUAACCUUUCCAAAUGUUUACGUCAGUGAAACCCAAUACUAAUGAUCUUAGAGGAUGCAGGUAAUUGUUAUAUGGAAAAUCCAUUAUGCAUCGAGGGCCAACAUAAAUUAACAUAACAGCUGACCUUUAACAGAUGAUUGAGUUGCAAUGAUUGAGCAAACACUCACACCUGUGAUUUCCCCUUACCUAGAUGGCACAAAGAAAGACAGGUGCUCAGAAUCGGCACCAUGCAUUUCCAAUUUAAAUAUGCAUUACUGUCUUAUGUUGAAUAGCAGUCAUAAAUUCUUUAAUUUGUUCAAUUAUGUACAUAGGUGACCGAGGUGUCUGCAAUACUGAUGCUUUGCUUGAGUCAGAUUGCAUUUGUACUCACCCCUUCAGGAGGCCGAACGCGUGGCUUAAAGCAAAUUAAAUUAUCAGAGAGAACAUUACCAUAUUAUAUUUGCUAAUGUUAUUGUUGGCACUGGACAGGAAAACAGAGGAAAGUUAUUGUGUGGCCUGAAAUAGCACAGUGCUUGGAUACCUAUUUAUGCAUCAAGUGUCUGGGUAAUAAUUAAUAGAUUUCCUGAGAGGACAAAAAAGGCUCAGAUGGGGCCAUGAGUGGGUUAUGCCACAGUUGUGACUGUAAAGAGUAAGGUAAGAGACUCUCUUUUCAUUGUACUACAAUCAGGUUCUCUUACGCUAUGCCAGUUACAUGGAUCUUUUGGGCAUUCAUGUUGUUCAGUCAAACAGCAGCUGAUCCUGGUGCCGGACUGCAGACAUGGGAUAGAUUUAGCAAACUUCCAUAUCCCGGUGACAAAGCUUUCCUAUAUGACACUUUUCCCGAAAAGUUCAUGUGGGCUGUCGGCACCGCUGCGUAUUCAGUGGAGGGAGCGUGGGAGAAAGACGGGAAGGGAAAGUCUAUCUGGGACACUUUUACGCGCGGAGGGACCCGUGUAUCCAGAGGAGACGUGGGCAGUGACAGUUAUCACAACAUCCAAGCGGAUCUCCGAGCCCUGCAGCAACUGAGAGUCAGUCACUAUCGGUUUUCUCUGUCCUGGCCACGCAUUUUCUCCAACGGCACCAAAGAAAGCUACAACGAAAAGGGUGUGUGGUAUUAUAAAAACCUAAUUCGUGGAUUAAAGGAGAUUAAAGUGCAACCUGUUGUGACUUUAUAUCAUUGGGACCUACCUGACAAUUUGCAGACGCACUUCGGAGGCUGGAACAGUUCGGUUAUGGUUGACCUGUUUAGAGAUUACGCAGAUUUUUGCUUUAAAACUUUCGGAUCAGAUGUGAAAUUUUGGAUUACUAUAGACAAUCCUUUUAUUGUGUCCUGGCAUGGAUACGGAACUGGGGUUGUGGCUCCUGGUAUCAAGAAUGACUCGGAUUUGCCUUUCAGAGUUGGACACAAUCUUUUGAAGGCACACGCUGCAGUUUGGCACCUGUAUGAUGAGAGAUAUCGUGCCAGUCAGGGUGGGAAAGUAUCCAUGGCUCUAGCUUCACAUUGGAUCAAACCAAGCAGAACCAGUCAGGAGAACCGCAGGGCGUGCCAGUGCUCUCUGGAUUUCGUGCUCGGCUGGUUUGCCCGUCCGCUGUUUGUGGACGGAGAUUAUCCACCAUGCAUGAAACGCAAUCUGACCCACAGACUACCGUCCUUUACAGAGGCCGAGCGCGUGUACAUUAACGGCACGGCUGAUUUCUUUGCUCUUUCUCACGGUCCGGCACUUAGUUUUCAGCUGAUCAAUGACAGCCUGCGCUUCGCCCAGACAGAAGACCUGGACCUGAGGAUGCUGCUGUAUUGGGUCCAUGCUGAAUAUAACAACCCGCCCAUCUUUGUGGCUGAGAGCGGUUGGUAUGGAAGUGGCAAUACGAAAACGAAGGACGCCAAGCACAUGUACUAUCUGAAGCGCUUUAUUAUGGAGACUCUGAAAGCCAUUCGCUUUGACCGUGUAAAUGUGAUCGGCUACACGGCCUGGUCUCUGUUGGACGGAUACGAGUGGUACCGUGAAUAUGGAAUACGUCGAGGGCUUUUCUAUGUAGAUUUUAACACACCUGACCUUAAAAGAGAACCAAAGACGUCCGCCACUUUCUAUAGCAAACUCAUCGAGAAGAACGGCUUCCCUCAGCUGCCUGAGAACCGACCGGCACAGGGCGUCUUCUCCUGCGACUUUGCCUGGGGUGUGGCGGCCAACUCCAUACAGGUUGAUACCACACCUACCCAGUUUGUAGACCCUAGCAUAUACAUCUGGAACAUUUCUGGUAACGGAGAGCUGCGAAAGCUCCCGGGCGUGCAGGUGUCCCCUACUCGCAGGGUACGGCAUUGUGCCGACUAUGCCAGCAUCCGGCAGCAGGUGUCUGACGUGCAACGCAUGCAGGUGUCUCACUUUCACUUUUCCCUCAACUGGUCCUCCAUCGUCCCACAGGGCCGAGUGUCUGACGCAAAUGAAACACUGCUAAGCUACUACCAUUGCUUUGUCAGUGAGCUACGAAAGGUUAACGUAACCCCAGUUGUGACCCUUUGGCACCACACUGGGAAACUGUCCAGCUUGCCUGCCUCCAUGGAGGCCAACGGAGGCUGGCAGAGCGAUAAAACGCUCCAGGGCUUUGCAGACUACGCCAGGUUGUGCUUCCAACGACUCGGAGCUCACGUCAAGCUGUGGAUCACUCUCAACGAACCCAACGAUGAAGAUCUUGAGUACGCAGUGGGUCACCAACUGCUCCGUGCCCAUGCUUUAGCAUGGCACGUGUAUGAUACGGAGUUUCGCAAAGCUCAAGGUGGUCAGGCGUCUCUGGUUCUUCACAUGGAUUGGGUCGAGCCUGCGUUUUCCUUUAACCGGGAAGAUGUGGAACCUGCAAACCGAGUUUUGGACUUUCGCGUGGGUUGGUUUGCAGAGCCCAUAUUUGGCACCGGCGAUUACCCCACGGUGAUGCGAAGCUGGCUACAACAGCGUAACAACAUCGACCUCUUCAACUUCCACUUACCGGCGUUCAGCGAAGACGAUCGCCGGCUGGUUAAAGGUACUUACGAUUUCUUCGCCAUCAGCCACUUUACCACCUCUAUGGUAUAUGAUGGAGUUGAGGACAAGUACACUUUUAAAGACAAGCUCCAGGUACAACUGAUAUCUGACGUUACUUGGAUCAUGUCACCGAGACGCAACUCACCUGUGGUCCCCUGGGGUCUUCGCAAGGCGCUGAAUUGGGUCAACUCUCGAUAUAAAGGGGUUCCCAUUUACGUGAUGGCCAAUGGGGUUCAAGAAGACACCGCUAGGUUUAAGGAUAGCUUGCGCGUCUACUACCUUUACAACUACAUAAAUGAGGCUUUAAAAGCGUACACACUGGACGGGGUCAAUCUGAAGGGAUAUUUCGCAUAUGCGUUCGACGACCGACACGAUCCGGGUUUCGGAAUGUACGGUCACGUGCAAGAGGAGGUCAUUUUAAAAUCUUCACUGGCCCAUUAUAAAAACAUCAUCAACCGUAAUGGCUUCCCUGCCUAUGGGGCGUCUUAUCAACAGUGUACCCAUCCCCCUGUGUCAUGCUCCGAGUGUUACGUCCUUGCCAAACAACCUGUCGUGGGCUUUUUAUCUCUAGUGGGCUCAUCCAUGCUUAUCACAAUGUGCCUUAUUGUUUACUAUGGAAUCAAAAGGCACGCAUUAGUCAUCAAACAAUGAGAACAAGUCAUACAGUA